AUGGUUUCGCAGGGCGAGCCCGGCGAGCCGCGCUUCAUCCAGGGCACCUUCGUGUUGGUCCAGACGGCGCUCUCGCUGCUGGUGGGUCUGGGCAUCGCCCUGUGCCCAAGCGUGUCCCCGCAGGGCCUAAGGCUCCACGAGGACUGGCGCGCCCGCGUGCGGCGCUGUGUGGAUCCUAAGGCCACGUUUUACCAGCUGCCCGCCCGGGGCUUGGACGAUGGCUUUGCCUCGGAUUUGCGUGUGAGUGGCGCAUGA